CCACCUGUCGAGGUCCACCCGGGUGCUGUCAUGUGAUGCUCGUCGGUCCUCGCUGUGACUUCUCUCUGUCCCUCCAGACGUCAGAUGGUGCUCUGAAGAAGCCAUGGGUAGCUGUCUAAGCUGUCCAGAGAAAGAGUCAGUUCCAGAUAAUCAUCAGAGUAAAUUCAAGGUGAUCAAUGUGGACGACGAUGGGAACGAGCUGAGCUCCGGCGUGAUGGAGGUGACCGAAUCCGAGCUCGUCCUCUACACGCAGCGCCGCAACGUUAUCAGGUGGCCCUACGUGUCCCUGCGCCGCUACGGCUACGACUCCAACCUCUUCUCCUUCGAGUGCGGCCGCCGCUGCCAGACGGGCCAAGGUAUUUUUGCCUUCAAAUGUUCUCGAGCCGAAGACAUCUUCAACAUGCUGCAGGAGGUGAUGCAGAAUCACAGCAUCAACGUGGUGGAGGAGGCGGUGCAGGACCCCAACCAGCAGGGGGCGCUCACUCCUGCAGCUCUGGGUUACUCCGUACCCACGGUGCCUAACGGGGUGAGUCGACUGCCCUCGGUGGGGGAGGCGCCGUCUCACCCGUCGACCCGCCACCCGUCUGUGGCCAGCACCCGUCUGCCGUCUGUGGGGGAGGAGUCUACUCACCCACUGCUGGUGGCAGAGGAGGCGGUGCACACCUACGUGAACACCACAGGGCUCCUGGAGGAGCAGCCCAGCCCGCUCACGGUCACCACUCCCCUGGAGAGCCCCGCCUCCCCGCUGGCCCAGGGUCCCCCCACGCCUCCGCCGCCUCCCAGGGUGCGGGCGGAGCCUCAGGCCCCGCCCACUGAGCUGGAGCCCCAGGUGCUGGUGGAGCUACGUGGGGUGCGCUUCGUGCUGGGCCCCACUCCCGUUCAGAAGAAGAGGCAGCAGGAGCUGCAGGACGCCGCCGAGCCCCAAGAGACUGACAGCCCCGCCCAGACCCCCGCUGAGGGCGAGCCGCCGCCCACACACUCCAACGACUCCUCCUCCUCCAAUCCAUCCACGGCCCCCCGUCGCAAUCGCCCGCCCCCCCUCACCCCCGACGUGCAGAAUGUCAACAACUCGGCCCAGCGGCGCACCGCCCUGCUGGACUACGAGAACCUGCCGGCGCUCCCUCCGGUGUGGGAGGCCAGGAAACCGAGCGGCGAGGAGGAGGGCGGCGCCGCCGACGGUCUGGAGACGCCGUCGCUCAAUGGCUUCGACCUCCACACGCCGUACCCCCUGCUGCCCCACCCGCUGAACCCCGCGCUGUGCGAGCCCUCGCACAACUACGUCAACACGGAGAAUGUGACCGCGCCGCUGAGCGCGCAGCGGCCCGACACGGCCCGCCGCCGCGCCGACGGGCCCACCAUCUUUAACUUUGACUUUCGCCGGCCGCCGCUGCCGGCCAGCGCCGAGGCGCCCAAAAUCCUCAACUACAUCGAGGUGGAGAUGGACCGGAGCGGCGGGAACAAGGGCGCCUCGGACGGCAGCGACCCCCACACGCCCCGCACCCCGACAUCCCCGCUGCCCCCGACCACGCCCACACGACGCACUGAGCCCUACGCUCUCAUUGACAUUGAACGCACCGCCGCCAUGUCCAGCCUGCAGAAAGCGCGGCCGCGGGACGACGGCACGUCGCGCAAGACUAGACACAACAGCACGGAGCUGCCGAGCAAGAGCGCGGCGUGACACGCGCGGAGCCGCACUCGGGCUCCAAACAGACAGGAAACGUGACUUCCUGUGGUCUCACCUGUGCGAGUGAGCUGGUACUAUGUAAUACCUCUGAUGGUGAUGAUGUCACAGACUGCUUUCCCUAUAUGGUACACGUCAGUAUUACUGAACAACAUUCCAUUUAUCUUUUUGUACGAGUCACUGUGCUGCUGUAAGACAACACAAUAAAGGUUCGCUUCUAUUGGUACUCACUGCCAAGA